GGCCACACGUAUACGUCCAGGACCACAGGUUUGUAAGAGUACAAAGUACCACUGGCUGUACAGAAUGCAAAGUACAUUGUGUGGUUGGUGAGGAGAGCGUGUCGGGGAGAAGGCGCAUUAUCUGUCGGACACAUUCGGUAGAUUCCGUAAAUCACCAUUAUAUGACCUUCGGAGCCAUCUAGUAUUACUCACUCUCGUGGAGUUAGCCAUCAUUUGUAGAUCGUUGUGUUUCACGUCAGUCAAAAUGGCCCUUUUAGGAAAAUGGGAAUUUGUUUCGGCGGAGAACUUGGACCAGUAUAUGGAAGUAACAGGUGUCCCUGAAACCCUGCGUGAGGUGGCCAGGAAAAGCAGACCUUCCAUGGAAAUUAUCCAAUCCGGGGACAGCUGGACCAUCAAAACCAUAGUCGGAGACACUGUUAAGGACUCGACCUUUAAACUCGGAGAGGAAUUCGAUUCAAAGUCACUUACCGGCCAAGACCUUAAGUGCAGUGUGAGUAUGGACGGUGACAAAAUGUCGGAGGUGCAGACGGCCGGUGAUGUGAAGGUGGUGAUCACGAGAGAGGUGUCAGGAAACGAGCUAGUCUCGGUAAGUAUACCUGACUUUGUCGUGAUCACGAGAGAGGUGUCAGGAAACGAGCUGGUCUCGAAAAUGACAGUGGGUUCAGUGACAGCCGUGGUGAAAUUUAACAAGGCGUAAGGGCGUGAACAUCAUAUAUUUUAUAGUGCAAUGUUUGCACCUGUAACGACAUACAGCAUAAUCAUUCAAUGUUUUUUUCCAAUAAACCAUUAGAUAUUGUUAAUUUCAAA